AUGCAAAUUCUAUCAAUGUAUCAUUUAUUAUGGACAACAUAUUGGCAGUCAGGUCUUGGUCAAUUGAUUAAACAAACACCGGAACAACAACAACAACAAAAUUAUGUAGUCUAUUCAAUGAAUAUUAGGUUUUGGCCUAAAGAAAUUAAACAAAAUAUAGAUACUUCUACAAGUUCAAUGGAUUUAGUUUGUUAUCAUAGACAAGAACUUGAAAGACAAUUAAGACAAAUACAAAUUGAAUGGAAUGAAAAAGUCAAUCAUUUCUCUGGUUAUAAUUUAAAAGUUGAACAAUUAUUAAAAGAUUAUAUUAUUCAAAAUUUAUUUGAAUUUCAAAAAGAAAUAGAACAUAAAAUAGAACUUGUUACAUAUGAUUAUCAAAUAGAAGCUAUCAAACAAGAAUUUAAUCGUCAAAAUUCAACUGAAUAUCAAAAAAAACUCAUGAAACAAUUAUGUCUAAAAAGAGACGAAAAAGAAACAACAGAACAAGAAUUAAAAUUCCUACAAGAACGUAUCGAUCAUUUUAAUGCACCGGAUCAAUCAUUUGAACAUUCAGCUAUAAUCGAUUCUAUUGAAAAUAUUGAAAUACGACAACAAUUACAACAACAAUAUCGAAAAAUAAUUCAACAAGCCAAAGCUGAUUUUUAUAUGUUAAGUUUACAAACAGCUGAAGAACAACGAACUAGAGCUAGAUUGAAUUAUGACAAUGAAGUUAAUAAAAUGUAUUCCAUUCAUCAUAAUGCAUUUGAUUUCACCAUAUUACCAUUAAAAAUGAUCGAUUUAAUUCAAGAACGUUGUCGAAUGAUAGGUGAACGUAUUCAAUCGGUUUAUAAUUAUAAGAUUGAAUGUUUUCAUUUGAAAUUACAAAAAGACUAA